CUCAACGCAGCGUGUUGUUCCAUCGCUGCUGCCCCAAACUUUUUAUCUCAACAAGCCAACAAAACAGUCCACUUCUAGGCAGAAACAAAAGAGCAUCCUAGCGAAAAACCGAGCGAAAGAUUCAAAUUCUUCUCGCCCAGUGUGUGGACAAUCUUUUUUUUUCAACUUGUGCUUCUGUGUUUUGAGUGUCUAGGAACUUGGAUUUUAUAACACAAAAUUUUAAUUGAUUUGGAAAACAAUUGGUGAACACAGAACAUUUUCCAGCUGCAGGUAAACAGGGGAAUUUGCCAAGGAAAUUAUCAUCAUCGAGUCACGUAAUUAAAACGAAACGUAAGACGCGCGAAAGAAGAGCAAAUAUUUGCAUUUUCCGGCGGCGGCGGAAAGGGAAAAACGCUGGCGGGGCUAAUAAUAAACUAAGGACUAAGGGCUAAGGACUAAGGACCCAACUACCGACCGUUAACGUGGCCAUAACAGUUUGCCAGUUAGCGCUACAGUUACUGCUCCACUUACACUGACUGCUGAUAAUAAAACGUCACAGCCCGAAUCGAAGGAGGAACACUGAGCACUGAGCACUGAGCAGGGGGCGUUGAUUUACAAGUACAAGUACUAGUCGCACAACAAGGACACCCGGGGAUACCAAGGAUUGCAGGAUGCGUGGCCGUCACUUGCGUCGCCGAUUCAGCCUGCAGCCCUCUUUCAUGAAGGAUGACAAUGCCGAGGAUAAACCAAAGCGUGACAAAGUGGGCAGGAACAACGCGGUAGACGACGCCAUCGGACCUGCAAACGCCCGCCACAAAAUCGUCGUCAUGGGUUCGGCCAAGGUGGGCAAGACGUCGAUAAUCACCCAGUUUCUCUACAAUACAUUCAGCACCAAAUACAAGCGGACCAUCGAGGAGAUGCACCAGGGCAACUUCUCCAUCGCCGGCGUUAGUCUCACCCUCGACAUCCUCGACACCGCCGGUUCCUAUGAGUUUCCGGCGAUGCGUGCUCUCUCCAUAUCCUCGGCAGAUGCCUUCAUCCUUGUAUACGACGUAACUGAUGCCACAACCUUCGAGGAGGUGCGCACAAUUCGCGACCAAAUCCACGAAACGAAAGCCACCACUGCGGUACCCAUUGUGGUUGUUGGCAACAAGAUCGACCUUUUGGCCGAUGGAGAAACAGAACGCGAGGUUGAGUACGCCACCACAGAAUCGGUGGUGACUGUGGAUUGGGAGAAUGGAUUUGUGGAGGCCUCGGCCGCCAGCAACGAGAACAUCACUCAGGUGUUCAAGGAGCUGCUCGCCCAGGCGAAGAUCACCUACAAUCUGAGUCCGGCCCUGCGCCGUCGGCGCCAGUCGUUGCCGCAGCAGAUUGGCAACAACGGACCCGGCACCCCGCUGCACCACCACCAUCACCACGGCCACCACCACCAGUCGCAGCAACAGCACCACAGUUCGGGCGGUGGCUCCUCCGCUUCCACCUCGGCGGCGGCAGCAGCUGCAGCAGCCUCCGCCGGCGGGGGCUCCCACGCCCCGACUCCUGCCCAACUGCAGCACCUCCAGCGAAUCCAGGAGCGGAGCUUGGGCGCCAAGCGCAACUCGUGCAGCAUUUCCUAAGCGGGAGCGGAAUCCGGGGAUUUAAACGUCGCAUCACGGCAGCUAAAAUACUAAAGCAAAACUAAAACGGUCUCCUACACAAAGGUUUUCAAUACUUUUCCAAUAACGCAAAACAAAAUGGGACUUACUUUACUAAACUAAUUACCAAAAGCCACAAGUCAAAGGUGAAUAGAAGGGGUCGAACCUUUUUCCAAGGGAAUCCUAGAAGGUGAAUAUGGUCUUAUAUUAAAUUUGGGUUUGACACUCGUAAUCACUUGAGGCGUCAAGUCACUGCAAUGGUGUCUGAAAGAAUACUUAAAUAUAUUUCAAUUCCAUUAUAUUUUGAUUUAAACUAUUCUUUUGGACAGGUUCAGUGCAGUGGCUUUAAACCUCUUGAAGAUUAGUGUUCCCUUUCUUCGAUUUUCCAACUUUUUACAUCUAUCCAAAUCGACCCGCACUAUUUUGAAGAGCAAACUCGACUCAAAUGUACCUCCAACUUGCUAAUAUGAUCCAAUAACUUUAGUACCUAUCUCAAAGCCUCUGGUUUCUCAAACUCAGCUCUCAGCAUAUUUAUAUAUGGAAAGGAUAUAUUGUGGUAUAGAAAAUGGAAUCGUUAGACAGCUAUAAUUUACUCAGAUAAAAAUACAGAAACUAUGUAGUCCCAAAAUCGAGGGAAAGACCAUUCUUUUAUGUGUGUGUCUCGGAGUAUCUUUAGAUCGGUUGUUGUGUGCGUGUCUAGUUAAAGUUUCCCAUUUCCGACAGAUCAGGAAAUAUUUAUUGACUUAUCUGGGUAUAUAUUUCCCUAAGGACAGCGAAAGCAUAUUUUUUUAGACAAUAGGUCAUUAGAAACGGAUUUCUCCUAGGCGCCAGUGUUGAAACGCUUGUCGAAGCGCCGGCAGCCAGUGUUGAGAAUCGAAAGUGAAGGCUAAGAAACCGAAAGCAAAUGCAUAGUUUAGGAGUAUCCCUCUGAUUGACAAGGCAUGACGAUACCUGUAGAAAAGUAAUGAGUGUACAUGAUUUUUUUUUUUUUUUGCUUUUUUGUUUUCUAAUUAUGGUUAGUUUGUAGUGUUGGUUAAUACGAGGCGAAACAAGAUUGAAUCAAAUGGUUAAGAUUGAAAACGCAAUGAAAACACCAAAGAAUAAGACAAAGACAAAAGCAAAUGCAAAUAAUGAAUACGAGUACGAGUAUAGAAAGAUAGAAAUAUAUGUAAAGAUGUAAUGGUACGAAAAAGUAUAGUCGUGUUUUAGAGUUACUUUUGAGAUGCAAAUCGUUAAUCGGGCCAAUUUGAAACGCAAUUGUUAUGUUGCAUACAUCGGCCAACACGCGAAAUUUAUUUGUGGUACAAUAAAAUAUAUACCCGGACUAAAGCCGCAGAAAACCCAAAGCUAAAGAGAAACAGAGUGUUAUAUUUAUACCAUAAUAAUUAUACAUAUGUAUUGCUACAAGAAAUACUUCAAAACACUUAUACCGAAUUACUAUGCGAAUACAAAUACUAUACAAAAAUCUUAAGGAAAUAUCAAGGCAAAUCUUAAACUUAUACAGAUAUCGAUGUGUUGCAAAUGAAAUGAAAUCGUCAAAGAAUUUAUGUAAUUAUUUAAUUCCAACAAAUCGUACAAUAUCAAGCGUAUAUUUGCAUAUAUAUUUGUGUGUGUGUAUCAGUGGUUGUCUCAAAUACAAUAUAUGGUAGACCCGAUCUUUGGCAGGCCAAAGUACGUUAAACUCUUGCUGUCUGAUAGGUAUAUUUCCUUCCCGAAAGGUUUGUUGUUUGCUAUGUUCAACAAUAAUUAGGAAUCUGAGGUCAUAAUAUUGAGUGUCUAUAUGUAUAUCAGCCGUGUUGUUUAAGUAGGAUUCGCUUGCAAGAGCUUAAUCAAAUAUCAUUAAACUGGCCAAGUGGCGAGCACCCGAAGAGUAAAGGGGAAUAUGUGUGUGAGUAGAUCCUAUUAAUACGGGUAUGAGUGUGAGCAUUCGUAGAAUAAUUCCCAUUACAAUUGAUUUAGUUAGGCGACGCACUGUGACCAAUUUUAAAAUUACCAAAUAGGUUCAAUUACGAAAUUCAGUUCAGUUCGAGGACACAGUGCGUUAAUUAAUAAAAAGUAAAAGCAAAGCCACGUAGAAUUGAUUAAGAUGUUAGCAAUCCCGAUUGUUCGUCGGUAUUAACUUCUUGGGGCCUGUGCUCGUGUCCACAAGAACGAAAAGAUCGAAAGAAAAUACUGCAUAAGAAAUAAUAAAACUUAUAUAAUAAUUGAGGCAUAUACACAGUCAAAUACCAAAGUGAUUUGGCAGAGAAGGCAGACCAUUCAAUUUUUAAUGGUGUAAUAAUUGUAGACCCUCAGAAGUAAUUUAUCUUAAACGGUACGUUUUUUGGUAAGGAUUUUGUGGGCGUGAACACAGGGCACUGAAUCCAUAACCCCAUAACAUUACCCAAUCCCCAUUUUUCCAAUUUUUUUGUAUCGGAUAUAUCAUUUUUUAAACAUUCUGUAAACAUUCUUUGAAAGCGAAUUUCUUUGGUUCCUAGGCCAGAACCUUUGCAGCUGGAUAUCUUACAAAAUAAAUAUAUAUUAAUAUGAAUAUUUACAUACGGCAAUACAUACAUAUAUGCAUAUACUGUAUACAUACAUAUACAUAAUGAAUAAUUAUAAAUGUAAUUGAUAAAAGCGAAGAGACAAGAAACGGAAAUAAAUGCAAGGGCCAGGGAA